AUGGCCCACCGCUGUGCGACAUGCGCCCGACUAAUACGCGUGGGUGAAGCUAUCAAAUGCACGGGCGAUUGUGGACAGUCUUUCCAUACUGCAUGCGCAGCUGAAAGAUUCAUAUAUGAUUUGACACGACCUGACAGUAUUCGAGAAUUUCGCUGUGACCCAUGCGCCAUGCAUCGCUCAUCAAUCACACCUCGAUCACCUCCUCAUGCAUAUGACUCGUUAGCCGCUGACCAGCAAUGUACAUCAAAUAUUACCCUUGACGAUAUCAUGCGUCAACUUCAAUUGUCAACUGCUUCAACUAACGACAUUAAAAACCAGUUACAAUCGACGAGUGCAGCUGCCAAUUCCAAACUUGAGCUCAUCCAAGGCACGCUAGUUGGAGUAAAACAUGAUAUCGUUGAACUCAGAAGUCACAUUUCCCAUCUGGCAUCUACACAAGAAGCCUUGGCCAACAGAAUAUCGUAUCUUGAACAGCAUUCCGAGAAUGCGAAGAUCGAGACUGCUGAAAUGAAGAGGGAUAAUAUCCAAUUGAAAGCUCAAAUUGCUGAUAUCUCAAAUCGUAUAUCCCGAGGCGAUAAUACUCAUCCGACAUCUGGUCUUAGACAGUCAGCUCAGUUCUCUGAGUGUUGCACGGAUGUUAUUAUCUCGGGUGUCCAUUUGUGUGUUGCUGAGUCUCCUCUAGCUAUUGCUACAACAGUUUUUGACGCUUUGGGCGUAAGUGAACUUGUUAUUGAUAUUCUCAGUGUGCGUAAAAUGGCACGCAAAUCUGCCGUCGCUGGUCCGAGCAAUCUACCAGAUCGAAAUCAUGCCACCAAGCAGUCAUUCGUGGUGUCACUCAAAUCUGCCCGUGUAAGAGACUUUAUUAUUAAAAAAAAAAGAGAGAAGAAGAGUCUAUCGGUCAGUGACGUUUUCGCGAUCGACUCACCUGGAUUUAUAUUUGUCAACGAAUUACUCCCAUCUGACUUAUUUAAUCUCCUGCUGAAGACCAAAGCCAAAGCAAAAGCAGCGUCGUAUAAGUACAUUUGGUCGAACUUCGGACAGAUACUAGUCCGUCGCGAUUAUGGCCAGCCUAUUAUCGAAAUCAACACUGAAGAAGAUCUGUCUAAAUUGAACUGA